AUGGGUCUGCUACCCCCAGAGAGGCACGUCAAGUGCGACGAGAAGCGCCCAGUCUGCAGUAGCUGCGAGCGGAAGGCGCUGGAAUGCUCCAGACCAAGCAAGAAGACUGUCUUCCGCCACGACACCACGGCCAACUUCUCCAAGGACCAGCAGUGGGUCAACAGCGCUCCUCGGCAAUUUCAGCUUGAGAGGCAGUCUCUAGAUCCAGACGGCGAAGAUGGUGGAGAAGACACCACGUCGUUGUCUUGCCACAGUGAGACCCCCAAUGAGAAGAAGCGUCGUCUGACAGAGAUUAACCUGCCGCCUCUGAGCUCCCCCGAGUCUGUUCAUGUCCACGGGGUGAGUGAUCCUGCCAACCUGCAGAACCUGGUCCUGCCUCCUAUAUGCGAGGGGAACGUGCCGCCGCCCUGGGACUGGACCGGUCCCAACGCGAGAUCGGCACCGUCACCUCCUGUUCACCAUGAAGACUCGGCCCUCCGUCACUUCCCCUUGCAGGACGUGCAGGAGGCCUGCUUGAUGAGGUACUACAUUGAUGAAAUCGGGCAUUGGCUGGACCUCUGCGACGAGGAGCGACACUUCCAGCUCGUGGUCCCCGUCCGCGCGCGUCGACAUCCAUAUCUGCUCAAUGCCGUCUUUGCCGUCGCGGCUCGUCACCUGGCGAGAAUGCCACAGUACCAGACGAAGCAAGGCAUCGUCUACCAGGGCCAGCACCUCCCCGACCUCGACAGGCACACGGCCGUCGAGUACAUGCUGCAGUGCAUCCCGGCGCUGCGACGCUUCCACGACACGGAAGAUGACGAGUACCGAGAUAGCAUCAUUGCCACCGCCGUCAUCCUGCGACAGCUCGAGGAGAUUGACGACGAGGACGACGGCGAUGACCAUGUAUCUCAUCUCCAUUUUCUUGAGUCGGCGCCUACCAAGCCACAGAUCAACUUCCUACCCAUCAUUGACGCAGUCUUGAGGAGUCCCCCCUCUCAGUCCUUGUUUGGCCGCCGAGGUCUGAUCCGUGCUGCCUACUGGAUGGCCCUGAGGCAGGAGAUUUACCAUUCCUUCACGCGGAGACAGGCCCCGCAGAUGAUCCUGGCGGCAGACUACUGGCCCAGUGCUUCGAGUGCCAACAAGGCCGUCAUGCAUACAGUGCAGGUCGUCAAAUGGCGAUGGGGCAAUGGCUCGGAGCAAGAAUGGAGUACGUUUGGAGAGACCGCAUACUUGACACCAGCUGACGAAGCAGACCGCCUCAUGAGGCAACAGGAGCAUCUGGACCAAGAUGUCCUGAUGGAUAUCCAGCCCAUAUACUACAAAGAGGCCGAUCGCACAUUGGGAGAGAUCUUUCCCACCGUAUGGUACUCGACCGUCUUGGAGACGACCACGAUCCAGCAGGCUCUCAUGGCAAAGUCAGUCCUCUACGCGGAGAAUCCCGCGCUCAAGUCUAACGCGGCCACGCGCAACAUCUGGCGAAAGGUGGAAAGCGAUGUGCGCGGCAUCAUGAUCCAGCUCUGUGGCAUUGCGCUCUGCCAUCCCGGGUCACCCCCCGCCAUCUUGAACGCAGCGUUCGUCCUUGAGAUGUUUGGCGACUUUUUCACGGAUCACUACGAGCGGGAGGCCAUCAAGAAGGUGGUCGAGAGGUACCGCGCACAGCAUGCCUGGCCGGCAAGAAAGCUCGUGGACAUGUUUGGAUGA